AUGGAUGGCUUCGGCCUAAGCAUUCCUGCUACAAUCCCUCAAAUUGGGAUGGACCCUAUCACAGGAUGGGUCAGAGACAACGCUUCGCCAGCUGGGGAAGAAAACACGAUGAACAGUUCUUGCAAUGAAUUCGAACACUUUGAUACAAAUGGCCAUCAACAGGGGCAAUUAUCAACCCCAGUAGGAGUUCCUUCAAAAGGUGCAACCUGUGAGGUCAGUCCAAGUGGUGACCGUACGUCGCGUAGGCGUCGCUCUAAACCCAACGCCAAGAGAAGCCUCACCAGUCCUAUCAAAUGUGAUUGGAAAGAUUGCACAAACCCAUGCCUGUUCACCCGUGAUACAUCGUUGUGGCGGCACAUCAAAGAGAAGCACAUAUUCCCUGAUGCAUUCAAAUGUUCUUCUCUGUUGUGCAAUAUGUCAUUUGGCCGAAGGGACAAAUUGAAUGAGCAUUUGCGAUCUGCUCAUGCCGAUGGGGAAGGUCAGGAAGGAAGAUACUGCCGUUCGUGCAAUGCGGUAUGA